AUGAAGUUGCUCUCAGCCAUCGCGCUCAUCGCGUCCGUCCAAGCCGGACUGCGCUUCCCGUGCUCAACCCUGACGAUCCAGCGUCUCGACCCCGUCGUGCAGCCCGGCAUCAGCCCCUCCGCCCACGUCCACCACAUCGUCGGCGGCAAUGCCUUCAACGCCACCAUGACGGGCGACGUCGGCGCCAGGGCCACCUGCACCACCUGCCAGAUGUCGGAGGACUUCUCCAACUACUGGACCGCCCACUUGUACUUCAAGCACCCCACGAACGGCUCCUACCACCGCGUGCCCGUCGUGCCUGUGCAGCCCCUCCUGGGAGGCUCGAAUGGCGCACAGGGUGGCCUCACGGUCUACUACACCCAGUUCGACCUGAGCCGCGACAACCUCGCCCAGCAGCCUAUCAUGGCGUUUAAGCCGGGGUUCCGCAUGACUGUCGGCAGCCCAACCGCCACGUCCCGAUCGCACGUCGGGCUCAACUACCAAUGCCUGACGGGAGGCAGCCGAGGUGCCUUGCAGGCGACUAUUCCUGACAAGCCGUGCUCGGGCGGCAUCUUCACCAGCCACCACUUCCCCGCAUGCUGGGACGGCAAGAACCUCGACAGCGCGGACCACCAGUCUCACAUGUACAACACCGUCGACACGGACUACUUCAACAACGCGCCCAAGUGCCCGUCUUCGCACCCCAUCCGCGUCCCCCAAGUGACCUUCGAGACAACCUGGGACACGACCAAGUUCAACAGCCUGUGGCCGUCGGGGGCGCCGAACCCGUUCGUGUGGAGCUUCGAGGGCAGCAGCUACGGGACGCACGCGGACUACAUGUUCGGCUGGAAGGACGACUCGCUGCAGCGCGCCAUGGACAAGUCCGAGUGCUUCUACGACGGCUGCGGCUCCAUCCAGAAGCAGGCCAUGUCCGUCGCCAACCAGUGCAAGAUCCCCGACAUGGUGGGCGAGGAGACGGAUGGUUGGCUCGACAGCUUGCCAGGCACGAUGGCGUAAGCAGUAGGUAGGUCUACGGGGAGAUAAGUAGGUUGUUUGGGUUGUAGGUGGCGCUGUGCAUAGCAACGCUUUUCCACUAGGUAUGAGGCUAUUUUAAGGGGUUGGGGUUCAGGUUGGAUUUACUGGUAGC